AUGGGAGAAAUCGAGAAGGAGCAACCAUUGUGGUACCUUCCGCACCACCCUCUCAUAAACCCCAAAAAACCUCAGAAGAUCCGGGUUGUCUUCGAUUGUGCUGCCAAGUUGGCCGGGAUUGCCCUAAAUGACCGUCUAUUACAAGGCCCAGACCUGACUACUCCGCUGACUGAGGUGCUGUGCAGAUUCCGGCUGGGGUCAAUUGCAGUAGCGGCUGAUAUCGAGGAGAUGUUCAUGCAAGUCAAAGUCCCGGAAGGGCAAAGGGAUGCUCUACGGUUGUGGUGGUGGCCGGAUUGA